AUGGACGAGUCUGGAAGGUUCGAGCAUCUCGAGCAGGGUCAAGCCUUUGUAGAAGCGCUUUUGGCCGUGCUGACUGGACGCUUGGUUCCAUGCCGCCGGGGUCAGCUGGCGGAGCUCGACAUGGCCCUGGGGGAGGAGCUGGAGCCAGGCUGCUCAUUGACUGAGCUGGUUGUCGCUGACGCAGAAGGGUCGGGCAAUCUGAUCAACAAGAUUUGCAGCCACAUCCAGACGAUGCCCUUCACCUGCAACGAGGCCCGGGCAUGGUGGGUCCGCCACUGCCGGCGCGCCAUGGAGUGCCACCCGCUACUCCAGGGUCGUGCCUACCGCAGGACUUUGCUGCAGAACUGCGUGUCGACGGACUCCUUGAGCAUAGCUUCUUUCCAGCUGGUUGCCGGAGACCUCAUCAACAAUGAGUGUGCUAACGCAUUGGCGGAUGUUGGUGGGCUCCGGGUGCGUGUCGUGUCGGAGGCGCCCACAGAGAUGAAGCCCGGGGACGGAGAGAACACCGAGGUAGACACUCUUGAUUGGUGUGACCAGAACAACCAGCAGAGGCUGCGAGACCUUCGCAAGCUAAUGCGCUGCCUAUUUCAAGCCUUCGACACUGAUGAGACAAUCAAAACCAAGGACUGCCUCAGCUUGACAAGUCACAAGCGAGGUAAGUACGGCCGAUGGGUGUGCCUAAACCUCACCAAUGCAGUGGUGCACUCUGAUAUUUUCGCCAUCACUUUCGCCGUCCUCACCAUCUACACCCUCUUCGCUCCUGAUAUACUGCUCGUGUUCGGGCUCAGUACCGAGCACACACAGUCGUUAGCGAUUGCGAACACGGUCGUCCUGUGCUUCUUUUGCAUCGAGGCCAUACUGAGCUGCAUUUUCAUCAAUGGCUACAUGCGCUCUGGACGAGUCUUUUUGGACGUGAUGGCCAUGGUCAGCUUGGCAGGAGAUACGCUGCUGCUGGCAUACCUGUUUCCAGAGGACUUGUCUGCCAUGGCCAUGAAUGUGGUGCAGGCGGACCAUUUCACCUCGAGUUCGUCUCAAAUUCUGGAGAUUUUGAAGUUUGCCCGACUUUUCAGAAUAGUUCAGUUGCUUCGCACGCUGCAUGGCAUCGUCUGGCGCAACUUCCUGCGGCCUCACCACGGCCUAGCACAGCAGCUCUAUCACAAGAGGUUGUGGCGGGUUUUCCAGGACUUGGAUGAGGCAAAAAAGGGCAAGCUGACAACUGAGCAGAUGGAUUUCUUCUUUACGGCCAUGCGCCUGGAGUUUCCCGAGCGCAGGGCCCUGAGCUCCAAGUCCCGGUGCUUCGGCUCGCAGCCGAAGACCCCGGCCAUGGCUUUUGCGAGCAGACAGUACGGGACUAUGGCAAGCCUCAAGCCAGCUGCUGGUACCUUCACGCGACUGACCCAUUUGGCUUCAUCAGCUGCCCUUUGGGACUUUGAUCGGAAGACGGACUGUGACGGCACAUUUGCAGGCAUCAUUGGCGAGUUCCGAGUCAGGGGAGAAGGCAAGCGAGCCCUCCAGAAGUGCACUGAGGAUGUGCAACGGGUGAAGGCAUCUUUCUCGCUGGUGCAGAAGGUGAGCGGCCCGGUCGUGGUCAAGGUGUGUCUGAUCGUGCUGGGAGUGAUGGGCAUAGUGGUCGUCCUAGACGAUUCAGUGGAGGACCAUGGUAACUACCAGCAUCUGGCGCACCUAGACCGCUUGGUGGCCUCCCUUGCCGGCCGGGGGCGAGCCGCCGAUCUUUGCGCUGCGGCUGCUGGCUUCGCUGACCAGGCUUAUCCUCACCGGUUGCUCAUGGCGGGGAUUGGACCUUUGCUCUGGACCCAACAUUCCUGCGAUUGCUGUGCAGCGAAUAACACAGUAGACUUCGACGGGAGUUGGCUCCAGGCUGCGCGCCGGGCCAUGGUUCAGGCGCCCUUCCAAGCCCACGAGCUGCGCCUGGUAUGUUACCCCAACGAAGACUGCUCAGGCUUGCCCUCCAGCGUUGCGUUGCUGGACACCCACGUCUCGGUUCGAGGUGAGGCCGAGGCCGACAUCGUAUACACGUUUAUCGUGGUUGUUCUGAUGGUGGUUUUCGCGCUGGCGUUCAUGCAUGCGCUGAACAAGGUGAACACGCGCAUGCUGCAUCCGCUAUGGAGCAUUCUGGAUGACAUGGCUUCGCUGCGUUCGCUUGAAGCGGUGCGGAUGACCAACUUCCAGCCUGCCAGCGACAUGCUCAAGGAUCUGCAGAGGAGCGGCAAGCGACAAGGCUGGAUAAAGAGGAUCAUCCGCUACACCAUGCGCUUGCCAUUCUGCCGAGAGCAGUCCGAGAACAACGACGAUGUAAAGGAGCUCGCGGAUCUACGGUGCUCCCUCACAACAAUGCGUGCUGCACUGCGCUCCUGGGCCAAGUACGUGCCGCCGUAUUUGCUGAAGUCCUUGUAUAGAUCCGGAGUGGAGGCCACCGUCGGCUUUCACGAGAAUGAAGUCAGCAUUUUCUUCUGCGACAUUGACGGCUUCCGGGAUAUGUGCCGCGGCCUCCACCCAAAGGCAGUGCUGGACCUGCUGAGCUCCGUUCAUGGCGAGGUGUCCAGUGCCAUCGAGGGCCUUGGCGGAACGCUUUUGGAGUUCAUUGCGGAUGAGGUCCUUGCGGUCUUCAACGCCCCGAACGAGGUAGUCGACCAUGAGGAGCACGCCACAGAAGCCGCGACGGACGUGCUCGAGCGUGUCGAGCGCUUGGGCGUCCGCAUGCGCUGCGGAGUCCACUCCGGGAAGGUGUUAGUGGGCAACAUCGGCUCUCAGACUCGCAUCAAGUAUGGCGUGCUGGGUGACAGUGUCAACGUGGCUGCACGUUUGAAGAGCAUCAACUCUCACUUUGGCACUUCCUGUUUGGUGUCCAAUGAGUGCCUGGAGGAGGCCGAUGACCUGCAUAAGACCUUCGUGGCGCGGCCGGUAGGCAACCUCAUCCUCAAGGGCCGGAAGUCGGCCACCAAGGUCUGGGAGGUUCGGGCGCGGCGCACAGGCGACAAGGCUGCUCUGGCCAAGACCUACGACAUACACAGGAAGGCCUUCGAGCUCUUCGUGGCCCGGCGCUUCGGCGAAGCGCGGCCGCUGCUGUCAGAGGUGUGCCGCAGCCUGCGAGGCCGGCAGGGCAGCGUGGAUGUGCCAUCGCAACAUCUCUUGCACCUCUGCGACAAGUUUAUUCGCGAGCCGCCACCGCCCGACUGGGAUGCCUCGGAGUCCAUGACCAAAAAAUGA